GCCAUUCUGGCUCAAGCCUCUCCCGCAGUUGGCUGCAACUUGGAACGUCGCAGGUGCGAGCCCCGUCCCUUGCCAGCCAGCAGGUCGUCGGCGCCGUCGCGAUGGGCUGCUGUGUCGCGCGUGGCGCGCGCGCAGCUGACCGCCUGGCCCUCGAGGAGGACCCCCCGCUGGAGCCCGCGGGCGGCGACGGCGCGCCCGGCGGAGAGGCAAGCGAGAAGCA